CAACAGGGAAGACAAUCGAGUAGCAUCCGAAGCGCUCGGUUUGUCCCUUUUACUUGCAAAUUUCCCAUCGUUUCGUUUUGCGCUUCAGCUGCAGAAGGAAAACCCGAAAGAAAAAUCCUACAUUGACGGGACAUCGGAUAUCGUCUAUCUUUUGCACACACAAUGACACAACCACUGGUUGCGCGAAUUUUCCGAUAAGCGAGCUACGGUCGGUCGGUCAGUCAGUCAGUCAGUCCAUCAGUCGUCAGUCGGCUACUUUCAGUUUCCCCGAGUCGAACAAGCGGAAAAAGAGAGAAUCUUUCGCGUGUGUUGAGUUUCGACAGACUGGCGGCACACAAAGUCAGUGCGUUACGUGCGUGCGUGCGUGAUAGAUGGCAUGCCGGUGAACGACGGUGCCUAAGCAUCGACACAAAACAAGGGGUUCCUAUUUUUAGGGAUUCUUGGUUCCGCCAAUAAUCACUUCCAUUUUGGUUCCAAGCGGCAACUGUUUUCCGUUGAUAGUUAACCGGUGUUUGUUGAUAACGGUGCUCGGUUAAGUGGAAAAUCAUCAGAGAUUUAUCGAUUAGGCAUUCGGAUAACGGAUUCAAGCAGGAUUACGCAUGCAACGAAUAGUGAUAUGACACCUAAGAAAAAGUAGUGCAAUAUUUUGAAAUAGUUAUUGAAUCUCUCCCAGCUCAGUUCGCAAAUAAGUUCAUUCCUCGGUUCGCAUUCUCAUCAUCAGUUGCUCAGUUAUCGGUCGCAGAUUGUGAAGAAUAUUGUUUCACUUUUCGUUUUGUAGCCCACGAGCCGUGAAUGUCGGGUCCCAUCGGACGAAACUGCGAGUAACAACAGGCAGUAACUAAGCCGGACAGUUAAAAUGUGACUCUCUUGAUUUCUCAAUGUUUAACCACAGUGAUAUCACAUGAAAUUGAGUUUUUAAAAAUAAUCACCACCGAAAGGAAGGAAGGCGCAAAAAGUGUAAAUAGGUUGUAACAAAGUGUGCAUCGCAAAUUGCAUCCGACCAAAUCAUUCUAGUGGGAAAAUUCUUCAGUCUGUCAGGUGAAAGAACUGCGGAAGAUUGGCCAGUAGAUGAGAGAAUUGAAUCGACCGACAAUCCAACGUUUAUGGCAUCCGUAUCAGUCAACUAGCUGUCAAUCAGCAACUUCCUGAAGAGUUGGGUGUGCUCAUAUUUAAUCUGUGUGAUAGUAAAUAAGGAAAACCACAACAGUUGCCAACGUUUUUAGUAGCUCCAUCAACAACAGCCAUUCAAAAUGUCCACCUCAUCGGUUGGCCACGAGGAGGAGCGGAAACCGCUGAUGGAGGAAUUCUACCGUCAACGGCGGAUACUGCUCGGGUGUAGCAUCCUCAUCGGUGUCGCUAUGAUAGUGUGGAUCAUUGCCGUCUCGACCGAUCAUUGGUUCGUCGUAACAGGUGGUCAAGGUAUUUUCAUUCCUGAGACCAGACGCUACUUUAAGUCAUCACAUUCUGGGUUGUGGAAAAUAUGCCGCUACGGAAUGACCCCGACAGUGCUGCCCCACUCGAACGCAACCCGCAAUUUCACUACCCUUUCCUACAUAAACGAGAACCGAAUAGCAAAUAUGAAAAAAACUAUCUCCAAGGAGGGCUACAUUCAGGAAUUCCUUCAGAAUGACUUACGGGUGGAUAAUUUGACCGGAAUCGAUGACAACUUCCGGAGGCAUUUGUUCGCCAGUUGGAUAACGGAAAAUACGGAGUAUUUCGAGUCGCUGAAACACUCUUAUCAUGAAAUCACCGCUCGGCAUAGCGAACAAGCGAGCGUUUCGGUGCACAAACUGAAAAAUCCACCGCUCAUGAUGUUAGACCCCACCGAUAUAACUUCGCUCAAGGAAACGAUCGGAGUGUCCGGAGCACUCACCGCAGUGACAAUAAACUCAACUGAAGUUAACAUCCUAGUGCCGCAGCGACUGCGAGAUGCCCUGUUCGAUGAGUGGGAACAGAAAGCCGGAGUGAUAUAUCUGCUGUGGAGUUUUUCGAAGGCGAUGGACAUUCAGCCGUUCAUAACCAGCCCGGACGGGACGAAGUACAUUAUAAGGCCACCGUUGCCACCGAAAAAAGGUCGAAUCGCAAACGGAUACGAGUACGUUCCAUUCAAAAAAUGUAAAUUUCACGAUCUCUUUCCCACAGACGAAAUCAUUCGGCAGGAUCCUUCAAUAGACGACGAAAUACUAGCAUGUAAGACCCAGUGGAUAACGCCGCUGAAGGGCUACGCUUGGCACGCUUUCCGGUUUUUACCAUACUACAGCCGCACGGAAGCAUCGUUCGCCAUCAUCACGAUCUUCAUCAUGGCGAUGGGAUUCGUCUUCUCCGUAUAUACCUUCAUGAAUCCUCGCUACAUGUUCAAACGAUUAGCAGGUGGCAUCCAUUUCAUUUCGGCCGCCACAAGCAUAGUGGUCAUCCAAGUUCUGAUCGCAUCGGUUGAAUACGAAAAGGAGAACAUUUCGUACACCUUCCCGAAAGGAGCCAAAUUUAGCUAUGGAUACGGUUUCUAUCUGGCUUGGUUUGUGUUCCUGUCCAAUUUGUACGCCGGUUUGGCUUUCAUGUGGUACUCGAAGAAGAAGAAGGGCAACAAGGCAGCUACCGAAGAACUGGGAAUGGCCGAUGAACCGAUCAACAUUGGUCGAUAGGUUGCAGUGACAAGCACCGUCGUUCGACUACAGAAAAAAGUGUCAGCAAGGUCUAGUAGUUCUGGCUGAUAGUUAAAUUGAAAUUGUACAUUUCUGUCCUCUAAUGUGUUCCUUCUUUCAUAUUAAUGAACUAUUUGAAUGUAGUGUGAUAGGCCAAAGUCGACCAGUCGCUCAAUAGCGCAAAGUUAAAAAGAGAUUCAAAAAUGAUCUGCAAGCUAUUCAGAAAUACUUUUUUUCUCAAAUAAUUGUUAUUAAUAUAUUUUGGUCGAACUAACAGUGAUAAAAAAUGUAGUUUGGUGCUCUGAGCUUCCAACAGCUUACUACAUAUAAUGUGUGAAUAUUUCAAUCUAUUGUUUUAGUUGAUUUGUUUUAUUUGAGCCAGGAAAGAGCCCACUAAAGUUAGUUUUUGUCAAACUUGGCUCUCCUACAGGCGUAAAACCGCUUCAUAUUUCAUUUGCUUACCAUUGGUCGAAAGUUACCCAUUUUCAGUUUGAUACUGCAUUAACUUAUUUCAGACUGUAAAUAUGAUUAAUAACAUUAAUAACUAGUCUUUAAGUAUCGAGAAAGACAAAUAAAAGCAAACUGUACAUAUGUUAAAAACUAUUUUAGAGACAGCAAUUAUCAAUCAAAACCGUUUGACGUAAUGCUACAUUGCAUAAUUGGCUUGUAUUCACAAUUUAAAAAAAAGCAACAGAACAAAGAAAGGUCGAAUGGAUCAACAAGACAUUUUCAUAAUGACACAAUUCUAAUACUUCUCAGUUUAACGAGCUGUUCUUUACCAUUUGUUAUGUUAUCUAUGUUAUGCGAAAUAAAUAAAUAAUAGUCCCGAAAA